CAUAUUCUUCCAAUACGCUCCGUGAAGAACAGAACAAAGUGUAUCCAACGUCUAAAUUGCCAUUCGGCCAAGUACCGUAUGUUGAAGUGCAAACUAAAGAUUUCCAUCGAGAAAAUUUACGAAUUUAUUUUUCGAAAAAUUUAACAGAAAACGCAAUUAAAUACAGCGGACUAAGUGGUGAUAUUUAAAGUUCUGUUUCGCCAAAAGGGUAAACCAACUAUAAAUCCCGUCGAACUAAACCAUAGCAAUCGAACAGUGUAUUUCCCGAAGCGCAUAAACUAAUUUGAAGAUAAAUAUUGAUAUCUACGAGAUCGCAACGAGAUUUGGAAGUUGGAUUUAUUGAAAAAACACAGUUAAUACAGUUAUUCUUGAUAAUCGAGAGUUAUCAUGUGGAAGGCGAUACUACUAUGUGCUUUCGUGGGUUUGACGGCCAGCGAGAAGAUCUUUUACGAAAACUAUAAAUUGUACGUUGUUAUACCCCAUAAACAGCAGGACCUAGAUUAUCUGAAUAUUUUUUAUAAGUAUGACUCAGCACGCGAGUACGACUAUUGGAAAAUACCAGACGAGUUAACUGCACCCACAGAAAUUAUGGUAUCUCCAGAAAGUGAGGAUAUGUUUAAGAUGAGAAUGAAAGUAGGCAUGAUGACAUACAUGAAUUUAACCAAUAAUGUCCAAAAGUUGAUUAACAAUACAAUGGAAGAAGAUGAGUCCAAUGAUAUCCAAGAAUUCAUUAAUAAGAUAACGAGAAGAGACCAGGCAAUCAAUAAUCUCGAAAAAGGAGGUAACGAAAAAGAAAGAGAAAAACAGCCAAGUUCCUUCGACUUCACAAGUUAUCAUACUCUCGAGGAGAUCUACCAAAACCUGGACGACUUGGCUGAGAGGUAUCCUAAGAAUGUGAAGAUUAUAGUGGCCGGCACAACAUUCGAAGGACGGCAGAUCAAGGGCGUGAAAGUAUCUUUCAAGCCGAACAAGGCGCCCGGCGUGUUUCUCGAAGGUGGCACUAACGCCAGGGAAUGGAUGACGCCAGCCGUUGUCAUGUACAUAACGCACCAAUUAUUGAAUAACGAUCACAUCAAACAUAAAGUCCGGAACUACAAUUGGUACAUUUUCCCCGUGUUCAAUCCGGACGGAUAUGUAUACACGCACACGACGGAUCGAUUAUGGGUAAAGAACCGUAAGCCAGUCAGCAAUGAAUUUUCAAUAGGAACCGAGCAGUGCAUUGGUACCAAUCUCAACAAAAACUGGGAUUACGAAUGGAACACUGGAGGCACUUCUGUCCAACCAUGCUCCAACGGAUUUCCCGGAAUCGAACCGUUUUCUGAAAUUGAAACGUCGAGCAUAUCCAAGUACAUCGAAUCUAUCCAGAAUGAAUUCAGUGUAUACUUCUCAUUCCAUUCCGAAUCGGAUGCUGUGAUGUAUUCUCCCAAUAAAGAAAUGGAUAGUAUGGCCAACGAGAUCGUUAUGAAAACUAUCGUGGACGAGGGGAUGUUAAACACAGACCAUAUAUAUGUUAAUGGUGUAGAACGUUUUCGCAUCCCACAUAUCUUCAAGUUGACCAAUACAACUAGCGGAAGUGCUGCGCAUUAUAUCAGAAACAAACACCAAAAAUCCCUUGUUUUCUCUUACGGAUUACAUAAUGAUAUAUAUGGUUUCUUGCAACCGCCCGAUCUAAUCGUCUCCACUGGAAACAACUCUACGUAUUCUAUAUUAAGAAUGUUAACACAGGCAGAAUAUAAUUUACUUUUCUGGUAAAGAAAACUUUCUCUAGUUAAUGAUAUAGGUAAUAAAUAAUACUACAACCUGUGAUAUAUCCGUUUGAAGGUGCACAACAUUACACUUUGUAUCUAAGAAAAAUGACAAGUUUAUAUUUUCGACGUCAGAGUCGUAAAAAAGAAAAGAAAAUAAAGUACCGUAUAUAUAUUAAUCUUCAUAUA